GUGACAUGUCGUGAACACAUGACAUGAAAAUAUUAUGGGGAGUUUAAGAGACGAGGAUGCGCUUUAGGCUCAUUUCCAGCGUUAAACCACCCAUUUCCUUCGUGUUUUUAAAGUGCAUUUAUUCACGCCUUGGUGACUAGCUGAGCUGUACAGUCUUCACUAUGACGCCUGGAAACUCCUGGGAUGAGAGGAUUUCAGCCUUUUUAUUCAGCCCCUCACAGUUUUUGUCCUGCACCACCUCUGAAAGUUUUUUAUCAGAGCUUCUGGACGAGCUGAGGGAUGAAAAGGCAAAUGACCACAAAAAGGUACUCUUACUGUCAGCAUUACUGGAACAUCCUACAGUCCUCUGCCCAACCACCUCAGCAGGAGAGGGGACAGCACAGGAGCUUAUAUCAAUUCUCACCUUUACUCCACAGAAGUCCAUCAGUCUUAAGUGUCACAUUAUGAUGGCUGUAACCAAUGUAUUAAUAUGCACAUCUUGCUUGGCCAGCCAAACAAAAGUAGCGGAGGAUUACUUGGAAUUCCUGUUUAAAACGAUCCAGGACACGAAUGAUAACACCGGUGGGCUAUCUCUCCAACCUCUCAGGGCCACUGCCUGUGACUGUCUGAGAGAAAUGGAGUCUUGCAACCCUGGCCUUCUCUCCCAAAAGCUGGAAACUCUGUACUACCUAAAGCAACAAGAAACUACUAUUCUUCAUCAGUCUUAUUGUACAUUGUAUACACAGAGCCUCAAGAAUGCAAUUCGUCUCUUGACUCAAGAAAAGGAUGUAGAUACUUCAAAGCUUAGAAGUGUCUUGGGUGGAAAUGAAGGCUUUGCAUGGAAGACUACUGGGCUACCCUUAUCCAUGUUGCCAUUCAACAUGAUGACGCAGGUUCCACAGCUGUCAACAAUGCUGGAUUGCAAGGAGUUGAAGUCCAUAUUGUCCUUGCUACUAGAGGAGUCUUACCUGAUGACUCCCAUCUCACAGGCUCUCUUGCUUCGAGGACUCAUAGAGAUUGUUGCCGUGGUACCAGCCAUCUCCCCGUCAAUAUUCAAGUCUCAACUGUUGCGACUUUUUGGAACCGCAGAGGUUGAGCUGAUGCAUGCUACGCUGUUGAUGAAAGGCACAUUCACAGAUAGCCUCUUCACUGCUGAGGAUGAGCAUUUCUUGCUGAAGCGCCUUGUGGGCAUGGCACAACAUCCACUACUGAGAGUCCCUGAGAAACUCUUUUACAUGGAUUGCAUUCUUCACUUCCCUGAGAAUAGGCCCAUCUCUAGCAGUGGAGAAGAAUGCCUGCCUGUGCUUGUUACUCCUCGACUUACUUUGUCUCUCAUCCCAACUGUGUUUAACGACAGUGCCACUAUGCUUUGUAGACUAAACCUCCUCUGCUUAGUACACCUGGAAGCUGAUGAGGAAGAGGAGGGCAAAGGAUUGGCCUACUUAUUUGAUCACCUGAUGGCCCUGCUCAAAAUAGUAGACAAUCAGGGGAGCAGAGAGAUGGUGGUGACAUCUUUCAGAGCAGUCUUUAUAUUUCUCAUACACUUCAACUACAUGGAGAAAUUCUCAGAGAAGCUGGUCAGCAGCUUAUGCGACCUGUAUUCCAGACACUGUCGCCUCGCUCCACAUCUGAUCAAUCUUGCAGACCGAAUCCAGGAAUGCUUAGAAGACUCGCUUUGGUCAGUGCAGUUGUUGAAAGCCCUUCAAAAGUGCAUUGUGGAAAUGCCCCCAUUGCAACUGACCCUUCAGGAUUUGAGGUGGCACCUUAAAAUCUUGGGACGAGUGGCGCAAGAGAGUCAGAUUGUCCAGAGGAACACAAUCUGCCUCCUUCUCAACGUUCUCAUCAAUUCCAAUCUUUGUGAAAGGAAGAACUGGCAGGUUGGCAAUGCCAUUCUUGCGGUUUGCCGUAACUUGCUUCAGCAUCCCACCCUGAGCCAGAUGUUUAUUGAACUGGCAGACCUCCUGCAGCACAUGACCAAACACUAUGAGGACACGGACAUUCAAGAUCAUGCACGGUUCUAUUACACCCUGCUCACCAACCUGUCUUGGGAAAAGCUUGCAGGUGUCCUUGCCAAAGGACCUGAAGGAGGGCAGGCCAAAAUCCGGUCGCUGUCGGCCAUUGUUGCAGAAAAUGAUGGCGUCACCAGUUGCUUGACCGUUCAUCAGACUGACGGAUGUGUCCUGCAGCUUAUGAAGAUUCACGAGCCUGGCUCUCAGCGUGCAACUACAGGUGCGGAUACCCUGGAAACCGUGGAUAAGCAGGAUUUGUUUGAGGUUUACCGAGAGCAGUUCAAAACCCCAGGCUUUGCUUCUGAGAUCACAUUGACGUACAACCUGACUCAUACAAAAGUGACAGAUCCAAGGUUUGACAAAAUGUUUACGAUUUGCCUGCACUUUGACUUGAAUGACUCUCACUAUGCGGAAGUGAGUGACAUCUACGUUCCAUGCCUCUUCAGAGACAGAAAAGCCCCUCAAGUUAUCUUGAAGCUGAAGCCGUAUCAGCCGUACCCAACAAGUCUACGACUGAGUGCCAUUUUCACAACAGAAGAUGGCCUCUCCUGGCACACUCAACUACCUGAUGUUAAGGUCUCAUUCCCAGAAAUAUUCCUCCCAAUACCCUCGCCACUGGGUGCAUCACAUGAGUUCAAGGAGGAGGUGUUUGACCUUAUGUGGAACGCUACAUCCUCAGGGGACCCCGACAGUUCAGCAACUAGCCUGUUCUGUUUUAAGACUGAGAGUGACAAACUAGCUGAUCUGAUAAAGAUUCAUUUUGAAGGUUACCAGAUUGCAGAGUCACAGGACCAAAAUGCAUGGAAAGUCUUAUUUUUCCUUCCACCUCGAUUUCAUGUCCUGUUGAAGCUCAGACAGGCUGAGGAUGCAGUUCAGGUCAGCAUUGCAAUGGACAAUUGGGAGCUGUUGCCUCAUGUGAACGCUUACCUCCAAAAUAUAACUGCCUACUGCAACAUGACAACUACCUGAAGGCUAGGCGGAGUUGUUGCACAGUGUUCACCACUCCUGGACCUUCUUGGCAAUGCACACCCAAAUACACCAAUUUUAAACUCAAGAAGGGCUUGUUUAUUGGGUCAUGAGUUGAGUCAGGUUUGCUCUACAGCAAAAUUGCUUAAAUAUCGUAGCAUUAUAGCCUUUGAUUUUAAUAAAAUAAAUUAGCUGUUUUAUCAUUUUUGUAUCACAGUUUAAUUGCACUUACUAAUUAUAGUUUGAUACUUUUGCAUUGUCUUAUUAAUCUUGUGCUACUCAUCAUUCAGCUUUGUGCAAACCUCUGUACCGCUGGGAUGGCGUGUAUGGUAAAGUAAGUCAUAAGUGAUGUAAUAAAAUUUAAUUGUGUGCUGCUUUA